GCAACACCUGUUACUCUCCCUGAGACAUUCCACACACAUUAAUUUUAUCAUUGUCUCUACACAUGUCACACUCCAUAAAUCACCAUUCUCUCAUCUUCUUCCUAUAAUAACGCAAAAUCACACAACACAAUCAUCACAAAAACCAAGAAAGAAACAAAGAAAAAAAUCCAAGAGACAAAAAAUGGCUAGUGAUGGAAGUCAAGAAUUCAAGUUGGUAUCACCAACAAUAACAAACGAAGCCAGACUACCAAGACACUACACAGACGAAGGACAAGGAGCAAAGAAAAACAUAUCACCACCAUUGGAAUGGUACAACCUACCAGAGGGAACAAAAACUCUUGCUAUCGUGGUUGAAGAUAUCGAUGCACCCGAGCCAAACGAGCCUCUCGUGCCAUGGACUCAUUGGGUCGUGGUGAAUAUCCCUCCGACCGUGAAAGGAUUGCCGGAGGGAUUCUCUGGCAAAGAGGAGGAGAUGGGUGGAGAGUAUUCUAAGAUGAAAGAAGGGAACAAUGAUUGGAAACAACCUGGUUGGCGUGGUCCUAGGUUGCCAAAUCAUGGUCAUAGGUUGCAGUUUAAACUCUAUGCUUUGGAUGAUGAGCUUCAUCUUGGUAACAAGGUGACUAAGGAGAAAACUUUGGAUGCUAUAGAGGGGCAUGUGCUUGGAGAAUCAACCUUGAUGGCUAUUUACUAAAUUAUGUAUCAUUUUGAAAUGUGAAAUGAAAUGAGAGAAGGGCUUUAUCGAAUCCCAUAGCAUUAUAGUUUUGUGUAAUUGCAAAUUUGGAAGACAUUACUAAUAGGUUUUAUUGUAUGAACGAUGUUAUGUAUUGUUAAUGUUAUUUAUGUUGUCCCCAA